CUCUGGUCUCCUGCCUACCCGGAGUUCAUCCAGCUGCUGGAGCAAAGACAGCUGUUGUUGCUGCCUCUUGAAAGCCUUUGGCACAGCCCGCGGGUUGCAGCUUUCAGACACCGGUUGUUGGGGUUUGCUGAAGAGCUUCUUUAAAUUUUUAUUUGGGUUUUUCAAGCCCCGUCUGCCGUCCGGAGAGUGAGCGCUUUAAUUCGCUGUGAAGGGCUCCUGGAGUUUUUCCUCUUUGGCUUCCGUUCAUCUUGAACCCGCUGAGCCCAACCAUGGUGAUGUUCAAGAAGAUCAAGUCUUUUGAGGUGGUCUUCAACGACCCGGAGAAGGUGUACGGCAGUGGGGAGAAGGUGGCCGGCCGGGUGAUAGUGGAAGUGUGUGAAGUUACUCGGAUCAAAGCCGUCAGGAUCCUGGCUUGUGGAGUGGCCAAGGUCCUGUGGAUGCAGGGGUCUCAGCAGUGCAAACAGACCUUGGACUACCUGCGCUACGAAGACACGCUGCUCCUGGAAGACCAGCCAACAGGUGAGAACGAGAUGGUGAUCAUGAGACCUGGAAACAAAUACCAGUACCAGUUUGGCUUUGAACUUCCUCAAGGGCCCCUGGGAACAUCCUUCAAAGGCAAAUAUGGUUGUGUCGACUACUGGGUGAAGGCUUUUCUUGAUCGUCCCAGCCAGCCAACUCAAGAGGCAAAGAAAUACUUCGAAGUGAUGGAUUUAGUGGACGUCAAUACCCCUGAUUUAAUGGCACCGGUAUCAGCUAAAAAGGAGAAGAAAGUUUCCUGCAUGUUCAUUCCUGAUGGGCGCGUGUCCGUCUCUGCUCGAAUCGAGAGAAAGGGGUUCUGUGAAGGUGAUGACAUUUCCAUCCAUGCCGACUUCGAGAACACAUGCUCCCGCAUUGUGGUCCCCAAAGCAGCUAUUGUGGCCCGACACACUUACCUUGCCAACGGCCAGACCAAGGUGUUAACUCAGAAGCUGUCCUCAGUCAGAGGCAAUCACAUCAUCUCAGGGACCUGUGCGUCAUGGCGUGGCAAGAGCCUCCGCGUGCAGAAGAUCAGACCCUCCAUCCUGGGCUGCAACAUCCUGCGCGUGGAGUAUUCCUUGCUGAUCUAUGUGAGUGUCCCUGGCUCCAAGAAAGUCAUCCUUGACCUACCCCUGGUGAUUGGCAGCAGGUCAGGUCUGAGCAGCCGGACAUCCAGCAUGGCCAGCCGGACAAGCUCUGAAAUGAGUUGGAUAGAUCUAAACAUCCCAGAUACCCCAGAAGCCCCUCCUUGCUACAUGGACAUCAUUCCUGAAGACCACCGCUUAGAGAGCCCCACCACUCCCCUGCUCGAUGACGUGGACGGUGCUCAAGACAGCCCUAUCUUCAUGUAUGCCCCUGAGUUCCAGUUCAUGCCCCCACCCACUUACACAGAGGUGGAUCCCUGCACCGUUAACAACAACAACAACAGCAACAACAACGUGCAGUGAGCGUGUGGGAGACAAGAUGCGUCUAUACUCACUCAUUUCUUUCUGCCUCUCUGCUUGGACUCCAGUGUUUUAGAGACCCAGUCUCAGAGUGGAGAACGGCUCCACCCCAGCCUCUGACUGCACUACAGGGAUGGUAAUCAGCAGGCGGGUUCUCCGGCUUCAAGUGGUGCGGACCCAGCCAGUGCCUGCACUGUGUGUGGUAUUAGGAGUGUUUGCUGGGUGGUUCAGACCCAGGUCCACUUUCUCUCGGGCCUUGGAAAUGAAGACGUUGUCUGUAGUUCUUGAGUCAGUGUAUAAAUGACCUUCUGACAUGGUCUUUCGGAGGUUAUUUUUUUUCUGAAGGGAGUUCUAGAUUAACAGCAAACUUCUCCGUGCCAUGGAAGACAGAACCAAUUUCACAUACUAGAAAAAAAAAAAAAAAAAGGAAAAUCAUGGCCAAAAUUUUGGAAGAGGUGGUUUUGUUCUUGUUUUUUAAUCAGUGUUCCCUUUUUGUAUCCUUACAAAGAAAAAUCUUGCAAGGCCAAUGUGGUUUGGGCCUGGGAGAUGGAGUACAUCCUGUGUAUCACAGGGCAGCUGCCUCAGUGGACUCGAUCCUGGGCUCAGAGCAGUUCUGACUGCUUCCACCCCAUGGCCAUAAAAGCCAUUUCACAGCCAGUUGCACUGCGUUCUCUUACGAACUCCUAACCAGACGGAGGAUCUGUUAUCUCUGUGACUCUUGGCACUUUAGCGCUAGUCUCGACUGCAGACGUCAACUCCACUGUCUGUGUCUUAAGGGUUAAGCCCAAUGACAGGGAAAAGGGAUUUGUCUGGGGGUUUUGAUGUUGUUCUUUUUUGUUUGUUGUUUUUUGAGGACAGGGUCUUGUCUAUCCUUCGCUAGCCUGGAACUCUACACAUAGACCAGGCUAGCCUCAGAGAGAUCCCCCUGCCUCUGCCUCCUGAGUGCUGAGAUUAAAGACCCAGCUUGGUUAUUACUUUGGAGACUUUGUCCCAGUAUGCAGAAUUGUGUAAUUCUGAUUUGACUAUGAAGGGCGUGCCCUGUGAGCCUUUGCAUUGAGAUGCCCUGCACUGAUCAGGGACUCCAGGCAUUGCAAUGAGGAUUUCACAAAAGCCCCCCCCCCCAUCCAUUUCCCGCCCAGUGUUAGGAAAAAGGACUCUUAACUGCUCUCACUGUGGCCACCAGUGCCUGACCAGUCACUCAGCCAUAGCACUUUGUCCAGUGUCCUCUGUCAGCACUGAGCUCCACCCUUUUCUGAACUGCGCAGCCAGAAAGCAUGUGAGCUGAUGGUGGUUUCGUUUAUGUUUUUGUAUUUUGUGUAUCUUUUUUGUAUGACAAAAACUAUAUUUUGUACUUAUCCAAAUAUAUUUUCACCCCAAGGUGGGAGAUAUCGUUUGUAAAAAAAAAAAAAUAAAUAAAUAAAAGUUUUU